GUGUUCAAACGAAAAGUGUGGUUAUGUUGUUUGAUGUGUACAACGAAUUUGACAGAAUGCAAUCAUUGACACUUGGUACAUGUGCUACAAUCACGAUUGUAAAUAAACCGUGUUCAGUGCAUCACACGCUUCGUUGAUUAGAUCAAAGUGUGUUGAAAUUGAAAAGACCCAAAAAGAAUUAAAUAGACCAAAAUAAACAAACAAAAGCAAAACCAAAAUGAAGGCAACCAAAAAGAACGAUGGUGAAGGUGGUAAAUCGCCAGCGAAUAAGGUUCAACACAAGCCACCAUUCAAGAAAAACCCAUCGAACAAGAAAGGCAAUAACAAGCAAGGUGCAGGCAAACGAAACCAGUUCACCUUCGCCGAAGAGAAGCGUAUCGACAAAAUUCGGCUGCAAAAUGAACGAAAAGCAGAAAAACAAGCCAAAUUACUAAUCGCCAAGAAGGACAAAAAACGAAAGCAGAAGAUUUUUUCAAAGAAAAACAACAAAGGACAACCGGUGAUGAAGGGACGUAUGGAACUACUGCUGGAAAAGAUUGAGAAACGUGUCGCUAAAUGAUUAGUUUAACGAAAUUGUUUGUGUUAAAUAAAUUUUUAAAUUAAAUAAACUUUUAACAUUGAAUCCUAGUUUACUUUGUAGCCAUUUGAAUUAUGACCGCUUUUUGUUUCCUGAAAAAUGAAAUUUUUAAUGAAUUUCUGAAC